AUGGGUGGAAACGAAGACGCUCAGAAUCUAGAAAUACAGGCACUAAAAUCCAUCUAUCCCGAUGUUUUCUUUGACGAUGUUUCUCCAAAAGCUUGGAAGGGUGCCGCCAGGCUUCCCGAAUUCAGUAUCCGAGUGGACAAAGAGGAAGGCUCCGACGUAUACGUUGUACUCAAUGUCAAGUUUCCUAAGGCGUAUCCGACAAAAGCGAUCCCGAUUCUAUCCAUACCUCAAUCCAAAGGGCUCACACCAGCUCAAGUCAACAAACUUUUGGGAGCGAUACACGCAGAAGCACAGAGAUGCCUUGGCUCCGAAGCCGUAUUUGCAGUGCGUCUCUUUGUUAAUCUAUUGGCUUUCUCUGAAUAUCCGACCGCCUUUCAGGUAAUCGAGGUUGCACAAGAAUGGAUGAGAAAGGCAUUCGACAAGCCCGAAGGACCCAAGAAAGAGCGGAGUGGCUUAUCGCUUGCGAUAGAAAUGCAAAACCGCGCUCUCGAAGAGGAAAAGGCUUUGCGUGAGAAAGAAGAGCUGCUUGCCAGGGAAGAAGAAGAGAAACAAUCUCAGGCUGAUGAACAGCUGCUCCAACAAAUCGAGAAAGACGCUUUACGCAAAGAAGAGAUGCGGAGAGAAGAGAGAGAACGGCAGAAAGCAAGACGCCGUGCGUUUUCAGAUGCGACAGAGAAGCCUCUGGUCGAGACCUCUAUUGAGUCAUUUGAUUCUGAAAUUGAAAUUUCUGGCGUCCGUUUUGAUACUGUUCGACUGUAUCAUGGCCGUCAAGAGUGCCUUGGUACAACAUAUGAUGCAGAGCCUGUCUGCGAUGAGCCUCAUCCUGCUAUCACUCUUGAGCUCCACGUGAUUGUAUUCGAGUCGAGUUACUAUAAAACUCAUCCAGGAAGGAAGAAAAUUGACCAGGUAGAGAACGAAGCAAGGCGCCUCACGAGGUUGGCAAGCUACGACCAUGUUCAGCGUGUCCUUGCAGUACAAUCGAACGGAACUCGAACAAGUCAACCUACACGGAUAUCAAUUCUCGUGGAAAAGAAGCCGUCGCUUACGCUGAAAGACGUUCUUCUAGAAUGUGAUGGCCUUCGGGAAGAACGUAUAACGUCGUACUUAAUGCAAAUUUGCACGGGACUGCGUACGAUACAUGAUGCCGGUCUUAUUCAUCGCGCUAUUUGUCCAUCUAGUGUUGGGCUUGUCGAUCACUCAUCUGGAUCAAAAAUAAUAAAGUUGACCCGCGUGUCGUUGUACGCGAAGCUUCACGACUUACAUAUGUCAGAGCCUUUCGGUGCAAAUAUUUCGGCGGAUCUUUCUGAACCUCCCUUCCCUGAUGAAUGGCUAUUCCGAGAGACAAUUGAAUCCCCCUUGCUGUACACGCGUUGCCGUGACAUACACUCAACUGCUGUCUUAGUACUCCAGAUGGCAAUGGGGCUGGACGUUCCGCACAGAUACCCCAACCCAAGUCUCGCACUAUUAGACUCUGGGUUGUCUGAUAAGUUGAACCGGAUAGUGGGCGACAUGUUUAAGUUAGGCAAGAAGUCUAAUGCCCUCCCUACCGCGAUCGAUAUUAUGGAACGGCUUGACCAGCGCCCUGCUAAGUCGCCCUCUAAGUCGAUUACCAUAGCGCCUAGUACUAGUCCCAUGCAACGCACCGAUCUGAAAACUCCGGUGGCACGCAUUGUUUUCCCUAAUAACUCGCCUCAGAAUAGCUACUUCGCGGGUCCGGAAGGAACGAGAAAAGCAAGCCGUUGGCGAGAAGAUUGGCAACAGUUGGAGGUCCUUGGAAAGGGAGGCUUCGGCCAAGUUGUGAAGGCUAAAAAUCUCAUGGAUGGUGCCACUUAUGCGGUCAAGAAGAUUAAACUGAAAGCUUACCAACCGGACAAUAAGAUUUACCGCGAGGUAAAUGCCUUAAGCCGUCUGAACCACCGUUUCAUUGUGAGGUACUAUACGACGUGGCUCGAGGAAUCAGAGCCGACAUCCAGCACCACAUCGUCGGAUUCAGGGCAGGGUUCUGAUGAUGCGGACGACCAGACAGCUGGUGCAUUGUCUUCAGAGAGUAAUGGCAGGACGACUACUGGAAACAACACUCCUGACAGCCAGAUCUUCAGAGAUCCUACAACCAUUGAUUUAGACGAAUUGAUGAAUAGCGAAGAGGCACAGACGUCAUCGUUCCCUAGCAUACACUUUACUUCUGGAGAUGUCGCCGAGGACAGCAGUGAUGAAGAAGAAUCUGCCUCGUUGCAACUGGUCGAAAGGAGUGACAGAGUUCGUGCGGCUCCUAUGACGGUCAGGACACUAUAUAUCCAGAUGGAAUACGUUCCGCGUCAGACUUUGAAAGAGCUUGUUGCAGAGAGAAUCUCAGAAGAUGAAGCAUGGCGUUUGUUCCUGCAAAUAGUUGAUGCAUUAGUGCAUAUGGCAAGCCUCGGAAUCUUGCACCGGGACAUCAAGUUGACGAACAUCUUCAUUGAUUCAAGUGGAAAUUGCAAAGUCGGAGAUUUUGGCCUUGCAACGUCCAGUCUUGCUGCAGUCGAUCCUUCGGAGCUGUCACCUAUGCCUGGGGUGAAGUUUUCAGGGGAUAUGACGUUAGACGUUGGUACUCGUCUGUAUAUUGCUCCAGAGAUACUUUCAAAGCGAGGUGGAUCACGAGAUAAGGAUCAUAGCAAGAUGGACCUGUACAGCCUUGGCAUCGUAUUCUUCGAGAUGAACUACUUCUUCAGUACGGACUCUGAGAGAAUUGCCGUUAUCGAGAAGAUGCGCCAUCCCGACAUCCAUUUUCCGACUGAUUGGGAUCUUGAACGGAGCAAGCAGAAAGAAGUCAUUCAAUGGUUAUUGCAGCAUGAACCAGCACGCCGUCCUACAGCCAUUCAGCUCUCUCAGAGUCCAUUGUUGCCACCAAGAGUAGAGGAUGAGUACUUCAAGGCCGCGCUGGGCGUCAUGACAAGCGAUAACAACCAGUACUUACCGGCUGUUCUGGCGUCCUUGUUCUCACGCAAGCCGCGUCCAACUGGAGAGUUCCUGUACGACUAUAAUUUCCCAGAGACGGCCAUUCUACGUGACGCAGUUAUCGAACAUCUGAAGAGCCUAUUCCGUCUUCACGGUGCUCGCGACGUGGACGUACCUCUCCUCAUGCCAUUAACCGAUAGGCAUCUCGAGACUACGCGUCAAGUGCUGUUACUCGAUACUCACGGUGAUAUCGUCGCCCUGCCUUCGAAUACUCUUCUGCCUUUUGCCAGGUUAGCUGCUAGGCAUAAGACGACGCGAAUAAAGCGAUACCAUAUUGGUGAUAUGUAUCGCGUUGGUGCUGCACUUGCCCAUCCUACAGUUUCUUCCGCGGCUAUCUUCGACGUCAUCACGCCUGAUAUCUCUACAGGCCUUCAAGCGGCAUCUGCAGAAAUGAUCACCUUAAUGGACGAAUGUCUGUGUACAUUCCCAAACCUUGCGAAGACAUACCAGAUCCAUGUCUCGCAUUCCAAGAUCUCGGAGAUCGUUCUCGGCCGCUUGCCUGAGAAACUGCGCGAAAGCAUUGUGGACGUUCUUCAGGAAUUCGAAGCCACUCCAGCUCAAAAGCGAGCAUCUUUGCAACGCAAGGGGCUCUCAAAGAUUCAGAUCGACGAGCUAGAGUGGCUCUAUGAAGACUAUGAGGACGUCAAUGUACCCUUACUGCGUUUGGAAAAGAGCUCGUCACCACUCGCGGCUAUGCUGAAGCCCUAUCUAUUUGAAACCUCGAAAGCGGUUGCGCUUGCCAUGUCAUCGGGAUUGUACAAUACCGUUCGAGUGCAACCACUCAUGGUAGGACGACGUCAUGACUACUAUAAGAAUGGAGUGUGCCUUGAGGUAGUCAACCUCGAGAAACGCAUCGACAUUCUUGCAGUUGGCGGGCGGUACGAUCAUAUUAUUUCACAAUUCUACGCGCCCUCGGUCAAAACAAAACGAGAGCCAUUUGUCGCAGUUGGUGUGCAAAUUGCGCUUGAACGCAUCACUUCGGCCAUUGCUGCCUUUCAGAGGAAUUUCUUGAAGAAUAACCAACGCUCCUACGAUUACUGGCACGCAAGACGCUGCGACGUGUACAUCGUUUCGUUCCAACCAGGAUAUAUGGCGAUGCGCUAUGAGCUCGCCGCACUCCUUUGGAGGAACGGUAUUAGAGCAGAUUUGAUGUACGAAACUGGAGUGUCUGAUACCGACAUGGAGGGACUAGCGGAUCGGUGUUACAAUGAGGGUAUACUGUUCACUCUCUACCCGAAGGUAAGGGCUGGUCAACGCGAACCUACUGAGUUCAAGGUGAAGAGCAUCCUACGCGGCACAGAGUAUGAAUUUUCCAAGCAGGAUCUUAUUCCAUGGCUCCAACAACAGAUCAUUGAGCAGAAGAAGAUAGACGCUGCUUCGUCAGGUGUAACACCGCUUUCUUCCGAUAUGUCGACGAGCCCGACAGCCACGAACAUCAAGGAGAACCCUGCUAACGCGGACCUACAGCUUAUUCUUCCUGGCGAGGGAACAAGCCUGAAGAAGCAGCGGAAGACUACGAAGCAACUGUUCUUCGAUCGAGCUUACGAAGGCCGCCUGCGACUCAAAUCAGCCGUGCAAUCAGGAGCCUUGCCUGCUCUAGCAAUCGACGUGCCUCCUACCGUUUUCGACGCUCUCUCAAGGUCCGACACAUGGAUCGCUGACGACGACGCAUGGCGAGCAAUCCUCCCAGGCUUCCCAACUCAGCACAUCUCUUACGCAAACCAAAUUCGCGAAGCUGUCUCCCGGCGAAAGAGCGAAGGCGUCGACUUGCUCAUGCUUUUCGCCGUCAAAGAGGAGAGAAUGGCUUUACUAAAUUUGAAAGGCGGCAGUUCGGAUCAUUAGUAUGUGUCAUGGUGUGUGAAAUGGACGAAUGGAUUGGUUGAUAUAUGGGAGAAUCCUAUUUAUGUAUUUUGGUUAAACUUUCCAUGUACAUAUAUGUUAUUGCGAUAAAU